AUGGCCCCUGCACCUGAUCGCCAUCGUUCAGGUCACCGGGUGCUUGCAUUCCCCUUUCAAGCGCUAGCCGCCGAAGCUCUGUCUCAAGAGUGGCAUUAUGCGGCACACGACAAGCUAACGAACUGGGAGGUCGAAUACCUGAAUGUUAGAGCCGAAGACACACAGCACACGAUCCCAUGCUCGCUGCAAAUCAGGCAUGUCUACUCCGAAGCAUUCGUCGACCGAAGGCAGCGGCAGUCGAGCUGCGGCCGAGGCAACAACCGUCAAUCGACCAAGGAAAACGAAAGCGCACGAGGCGGUCGGGAUAACAAACAGAUCUAUCGAAAAGGCGGGCAUUGCCUGCAUCCGCGGCAUGGCCGCACGGUCAACCAGGACCCUCUGGAUAAAGAAUACCCUAACUGGAAACUCCACGGUGGACAGAAAUAUCCCAUGGGUCUGCAGGAGUUCACACGCCGGCUUCACUGUCGAAUUGCCCGAAACCGAACCCAUGGGUUUGAACAACUCCACAAGCAGCAUCGCCUUCAGGCGAAGGCGAACAAUUAUCGUCACCUCAGGAGCUUGCAAGGAGGUCGGAUCCCCGUCUGUCUUGGAUCCUUUCAGCCACCGGUGGCGUAUUGGUACCACGAUGAGUUAAUGGCCGAGAUGAUGGUAUUGAGCUGGUCAGGAACGUGA